AUGGCUAGUCGGCGGCAAUAUUUUCUAUCGCGCCUCCUCCUUCUAGGGACGAGCAUUGGAUCCAGAUGCCUUGUUUCAGCGGCUUCAGGAGAGAAUAUUUCUCAGGAGCCGUUGUGGUCGUUCGUAGAUCCUUUGAUCGGUACUGUCGGCCCACGCCCAGGUUCCGCGAUCGCAGGCGGAAACUCGUUUCCUGGCGCGAGUCUACCGUGGGCGAUGGCGAAGCCUGGAAUUGACACGAGCUAUAUCGGACUUCCAAAUGGCAGUGCAGUGGAUGCCAAUGCUGGAUACACGCCUUUGGGCAACGUGACCGCUGUGAGCAUGACCCACGUAAGCGGAUCUGGAGGAGCGCCAACAUACGGCUUGAUAUCGCAGAUGCCUCUCCUUGGCAAUCUAGCAUCCGUGAACCUCGCUGACAAUAUGACAUAUGCUCAAAAUCGUAGUCUUGACUCGGAAUCUGCAACUGUAGGUUUAUUCACUACGACUCUGCAAAAUGGUGUCAAGAUCGAGAUCACUUCAGGCAAUCACACAGCAUUCAUGCGAUACACGUUCCCUCAGCUUGGAGCGCCUUCGAACCGUUCAUCCACCUUGAGUGGUGAAUCAAUGACGGUAAAGGCUGGCGCAACCAAUGGACAUGAUGCGCACGUACUGGUAGACCUCACGCAUGUACUUCCAGCCUACUCAUCGAUGGCCUACUCUCAAAAAUUUCUGCGCGGGGAGUUGCAUGUUCCGUCUUUUUCUAGCGCGUUGCCGUCAUACCAUGGGUUUGCAUCUUACACUGGCGGCUGGCCACAGCCGGAUUCUCACACGAUCCACUUUUGCGGGAACUUCAGUGUCCCUGCAAACUCCAUACUAACCCCAACAUCAGACUAUGUACAAGGAGAGCACUCGGGUAUCGCCUCUGGCGCUGGUACGUUCAGUUGGCAAUACAACCCUUUCUCGCCACCGACAACUCGACCUGUCCCUAGGGGAUAUCCUGAUGUACAGUCCCACGCUGGGAGCGGAAUGGGCCUUGGUGCUUUAUUCAGCUGGUCGCCAACAGAGGCGCAAGUGAACGGUACCCUUACGCUUGAAGCCAGAUUGGGCAUCUCUUACAUUAGUGCUGCACAGGCAUGCUCGCACGUGGAAAACGAGCUUCCUAAUACAAAGUCUUUGGAGGAUGUAGUAGAGCAAGCGAGGCAAGAAUGGGAAGCUAGGGUGCUAAGCAAGAUACGAAUUGGAAACAAUGGCGACACGACAAGCAACAAUGCGACACUGAAGCGGAUGCUGUAUUCGGCCCUGUAUCAGACAUGCCUGAUGCCAACUGACAAAACGGGUGAGAAUCCUAUGUGGGAGUCAAAUGAGUCAAAGCCAUAUUACGACGACCACUAUACACUGUGGGAUACGUACCGGACUCUGUUACCACUUUAUCACCUUCUUUUCACAAAACCAUAUUCUCGUAUUCUAUCUGGACUUAUCUCAAUUUUCACCGAAGAGGGCUACCUACCCGCUGGCCGUGCAGCAAACUGGAAUGGCCGUGUUCAAGGUGGCACACACGCAGACAUCGUCUUAGCCGAUGCUUUUGUAAAAAACGUUCGCACAUUAAAAGGCGAGACAGGCCUCGGAGAGCUCGACAAUGCAAUUGAUUGGCAGGAAGCUUACAGAGCGGUGAUGAAAGACGCAAAUGUCAUGCCUGAGCGCAAUGUCGAUCCGGUAGCAUUUGACGGGGCCACCAAGGAAGGAAGAGGAGCAUUAGAUGACUAUCUCUCCCUCAAAUUUAUCACGCGCAAUCACACACGCAGCAUCUCUCGUGGCGUCGAGUACCCGCAGAAUGAUUUCGCGAUCUACAGUAUAGCGCAAGGACUUGAUAAACCUCAAGAAGAGGUCAAUCGAAUGCGCGAUCGAGCGAGCUGGUGGCAGAACCAAUGGAAUCCAACGGCAAACACGACCCUUGACGGCAUCGGCACAUUCACAGGCUUUCCAGGGGCUAGAAAUGCGGACGGUACGUGGAACCUCACUGCCUAUGACCCGUUGAGUUGCGGAACUUGCGGAUGGGAUGCAGACAUAUACGAGGCCAAGGUUUGGGAGACUGCAUUCAGUGUCGCCCCACACGACAUGGCCAAAGUCAUCAAUUUAAUGGGUGGCGACGAAGCUUUCGUUCGUCGACUAGACGCCAGUUUUGUCCCCGGUUUCGGCACAUCAGUUGGCGCGAACAACGAUGCUGGAUCUGCCCUCUUCAAUCCUGGCAACGAACCGUCAUUCGCAACGUCAUUCCUUUACAACUACGUCCCCGGAAUGCACUGGAAAACAGUCAAUCAGACGCGAGCCACGGUUGACGCCUUCUACAGCGAUGCGCGCAAUGGGUACCCGGGGAAUAUUGACGGCGGCGCGCUACCUAGCUGGCUAAUCUUCAAUCUUGUGGGGCUGUACCCUGUGCCUGGCCAACCGCUUUACCUCCUUUCUGCCCCUCACUUCUCGUCGCUGAAUAUCUCGCUCUUCAGCGAAACGUCAGUAGAUACUUUCCUGACCGUGUUGGCGUGCAAUAUGUCGGGCACAAGUUACUACCCGCAAAGGGUCACCUGGAAUGGACAACAGCUUGACCGAGCUUGGCUGAAGCAUGAAGAGAUUGCGCGGGGAGGCGAACUCGUAUUUCACAUGGGUGAAGAGCCCGCGAGAUGGGACGUUGGUGAGCGACCUUGGUCCUUGUCGGCAUGGCCGUAA